AUGGAGGCAAAUCCGAAGAACGUCUUCACGAUUAAAGUGGAGGACGGGAAGCCUGGAAAGGACGGCCAGCCGGCGGUAGGACCGGUGUUCCGGAGCGUGCUGGCCAAGGAUGGAUUCCCAGAACUUGAGCCUGACAUGAAAACAUCAUGGGAUGUGUUCAGGGUAGCAGCAGGCAAGUAUCCCAACAACCGGAUGCUUGGAUGGCGUCCGUUUAAAGAUGGAGUGCCAGGGCCCUACUUGUGGAAAUCAUACAAGGAGAUCUAUGAUGAGGUGCUGCAAGCUGGCUCUGGUUUGCAGCACCUGGGAGUGAAACCAGGUUCCCGGGUCGGAAUCUACGGAGCAAACUGUCCUCAGUGGAUAGUGGCAAUGGAGGCUUGCAAUGCCAAUAGUCUGAUCUGUGUCCCACUAUAUGAUACUUUAGGUGCAGGAGCUGUUGACUACAUCAUUGAUCAUGCUGAGAUUGAUGUUGUAUUCAUACAGGACAAGAAAAUAAAAGAGAUACUAUCCCCAAAUUGCAAGUCUGCUAAGAGGCUAAAAGCAUUGGUGGCAUUCACUUCGGCAACAAGUGAACAAAUCAAAGAAGCAGAUAAUAUUGGGAUGAAAAUGUACGCCUGGAAUGAUUUCUUAAAAGUGGGAAAAGAUAAUCCUCGUCAACCUUGCCUCCACAAGCAAGUGAUAUAUGCACUAUCAUGUAUACAAGUGGAACAAGCGGACAGCCCAAAGGAUUUGAAUGCCUUGAGGGACGAUAUCGUGGAGCUAAAGCCAACUUUACUGGUUGGGGUGCCCCGAGUGUACGAAAGAAUUUAUGAAGGUAUCUUAAAGGCCAUUGCGGAACUCAGACCUCUAAGAAGGGUAAUUUUUAAUGCUUUGUACAAUCGCAAACUGGCAAGCAUGAAAGCAGGCUACUCGCACAAAACUGCUUCACCUUUUGCGGACAUGCUGGCUUUUCGCAAGGUCAAGGCAAGGCUUGGAGGUCGUCUUCGCUUAUUAAUUUCAGGAGGGGCUCCGUUAAGUAAUGAGAUUGAAGAGUUCAUGAGAGUGACCACCUGUGCAUACUUUAUCCAAGGCUAUGGUUUAACAGAAACACUGGGACCUAGCACUGUCUGCUACAUUGAUGACAUGGCCCUGGUUGGAAGUGCUGGCGUACCUGCCACCUACACUGAAAUACGACUGGAAGAAGUACCCGAGAUGGGGUAUGAUCCACUUGCUGUCCCUUCACGUGGUGAAAUCUGCAUUCACCGGAAAUUUCUCUUCGCUGGGUACUACAAAAGUCCAGAACUCACAAACGAAGCAAUAGUUGAUGGAUGGUUUCAUACAGGUGACAUUGGAGAGAUGACCCCAGACGGAAUCCUGAAGGUGAUUGACCGAAAAAAGAACAUAUUUAAGUUGUCACAAGGGGAGUAUGUUGCAGUUGAGUACCUGGAGAAAGUGUAUGGCUUCCCUCCACUUGUUGAAGAUAUCUGGGUAUAUGGGGACAGUUUCAGAUCAAGUUUAGUUGCAGUAGUCAAUCCACACGAAGAAAACACAAUGAAGUGGGCACAGUCCAAUGGCUAUAAGGGUUCUUUUGCUGAAAUCUGCAAACUUGAAGGACUUAAAGAGUACAUCCUGAAAGAACUGGCAGCUGUUGCACAGAAGAACAAGCUACGAGGUUUUGAGUACAUCAAAGGCAUAGUGUUGGAUCCUGUACCUUUUGACAUUGAAAGGGAUUUGGUGACUGCAACAAUGAAGAAGAGAAGAAAGAAUAUGCAGAACUAUUACCAGUCUGAGAUUGACAUGGUAUACAAAAAGCUGGAGGCACAGAAGAAUGCUGCCAAAUCUAAGUGA